GUACUAUCUAAAAACACUGUCAAAAUUUGAAGUAUUUCAAAAUGAAUAAGCAAAAAUUAGACAAUGUGGCCCAUCAGGAGGAUUUACCAAUGGAACCACAAUUACCGGAACUCAGUUUUCGUGAUUUUCGCAAGAGCAACCGAAAGAAUCCGCUGGGGAAGUACUUUCACUUGCCCAAGCAAAAGGACACACUGGAAACGCUCAAGGAAUUUUGGAGUGAAAACGAGAAUACCGAUUUUCUGGUGCGGAUUGGACAGUAUGUUUUUCCCUGCCAUCGUUUGGUCUUAAUGGUCUAUGUAGAGCGAGUCAGGCAGAAUAUGGAUAAAUUAGAGCUACGAUUACCAGAGGAUUUGGUCAAGCCGGAGAUCUUUGAACGACUUUAUCGCUGGAUGAUGGACAAGGAACCAUUGCUGAAACGUUCAAACAUUGUUGAUCUUCUGUCGGCUUCAACUUAUCUUAAGAUCGAUGAGUUGACCCAUCAAAUUUGGCAUUGCUUGGAUCAGGACUCAUUGUUCGGUGAACAUUGGGCUGCCCAGGUGGCCCAAGAUGCUUUGAACUUUAAGAAACUGCAUUAUUUGCACUACAUGAUGUUGCAUAGGAUUCAAUACUUCUUUCUGACUUUUGUAGCUUCAGAUGAGUAUCUUGCUUUGCCGCUUAAAAGCCUAUGUCACCUCUUUUCCUCGAACGACAUAAGGGUUAACUCAGAGGCGGAGGUUUUUUACGCCGCCAUCCGCUGGCUAAAUCACAAGUGGCCAUCCCGUCAGAUCCAUCUCACGGAGGUCAUGGACAAGGUGCGUCUCUUCUGGAUGCCCAAUCAACUGCUUCUAAUGCUGAAGUCGCCGGUGGAUGACAUACGUGUGGACCGCAUAACCGAGUCGUCGGAAUUAAAGGCACACAUGGAGCAGGCCAGCUUCGAUCAAUUGGUGAUGCAAUUCAACGGCGGAACGUGGGAGUACUGGGAGAUUUUAAAGAUCUCCUCACUGCCGCGGCCGCGAGAAUUCAUCUGUCACAAUUUGGCAACUUACCACGAACCAAAACCAAAUUCACCUGUCCAGGUGUUCAGCUACGCCGACUUCCUCAACUACCUGGGCGUCCUGCAGUCACUGCCUCCGAACACUUUGCCACUCCUCCAAAAGCAUCGCUGAUGGCCCAAAUGGCAUCGAAUACACCAGGAUGCCUCCUUCCUCCUCCAACGACGACCUUGAUGAUGAUGAUGUGGCUGGGCAAAAUGACAGCGAUCGUGCUGCGUGGCAGUUACACCAAAUUUGCAUUACCUGAGCAGGUGUUUUCGUGGGGUGUUGGUCCUGCAUCCACCUCUCCAAUGAACUUAAUGCUGGUCUGGAUUUUAACGAGAGUUGACUGAAAAGUUUGACCAGAAAAUCGAUUUAGAAAGCUCUUGUAUAUGAUUUCUACUGUCUUUCAUACUUAUAUGUUAUCAUGGAUUUUUAAUUAUGUAUGAUUAAAAUGCAUUUUUGUUUUCCGAA